UUACCUCAGCAGUGAAGGAAUUUUCAGGGCGUGGCUGGGAAACCCCAUUCACACAGUUUAUAAAAGCCACUCUGUACAAAACACUGGCAGUGUUACAAUGAAGUCCACACUACACACUUUCUCUGCUCUUCUGGUUCUGGGAAUCUGCAUCCACUUCACACAGUGUCAGCAUGUUCCUAACCGAUGCACAUGUGUAAAGUCCAGGAACGGAGUACUGGGACCAUUUUCAGAUUUCACACUCACUUUAAAAAGACCUGGAUGUACGAGAGACGAGAUCAUAGUGAUCCUGAAGAAGGACAACCGAAAGUUGUGUCUAAGUCCUCACGGACCUCAAGGCAAAAGACUGUUGAAAUGCUGGCACAGAAAACAGGAAGAGGGCAAAAAUGUGAAGACAUGCAUGGGAAGACUCAGACCACGACAAAAGAAAAAGCAGCAUGGCAAAUCGAAAGAGAAAAAGAUAACCAGUGCAGCAUGAUGGCAGCUAAUGUGGUCCUGUAAACACACUACUUUCAGUAAUCACUAGCUUCAUUUGUAUUUGUAUACUUGUAGUGGUAUGAUUUACAUUUUUUUUCUUUUUAUAAAACAAUCUUUAGGCUGGCCUAAAGGACUGUCCUGUUAAAGCUAGGUAAAAAUCCAGCAACGUAAUAAGGCCAGAGCUAAAAUGAAUUGUUAGUUGUAAGAUUGAAGUGAAGUGAACUGUAUUUUGCACAUGUUUGUAAAUUUUUUUUUAAAUCAGAUUUUUAUAUGUGUAUAAAAUAUAUAAUUUUUUUACUCAUCUUUAUAGAAUAAAUGUAAAAAAAAAGGGCAAAA